AUGGCGGUCAAACAAAAGAGUGAAAGCCAUGAGAAUCUGUACGCGUCAACCACAAAGAUCCGAUUCAGCCAAGUUCAAAAGCUCUUUCAAUCACACAUUGGAUCAGAUGCUGUCGCUCAAAUUGUCUUUACGCUUCUGGUCGUAUUCUGCUCAAGUCUAAGCUCGUUCGGCUUUGUUGUCAGGAUUUUGGCGAUUUGGACGCAACAAAAGGCUUAUUCAAAAGCUCCCGAAGGAGUAUCGCUGCAUAUUCUCGCCGGAGUAAUGUAUCUCAUCGACAGGAGCUUUCAAAUCGGCCGGCUCAGUGUUCUCCUUGGCAUCAUUUCUUGGGCCUGUGCUUUUGACGUUCUUCAGAAAAACUUGGAAGAUCAUUUGGAAAAAUCGAAAUACACUCAAUAUCAGACGAUUCAACGAUUCAGCUUUCAGAUGAUUUUUCAUCGAAUUGCAGAUACAGUCAGGAGCUUCUCAAAAAUCGUCCAGGAAGAAGAGUCCAUCUCUGGCAGAUCCUUCUGCAUCGCGAAUGAAAUCUUCACCACCGAAAAAACUUUCGUGAAAUCCCUCCGCGUCAUCAAAGAAGUCUACGCAGACCCGAUGGAAAACAUCCUCUCCUACGAUGAUUCUUUCAUGACGCGAAACUCGUGGAAAACGAUCUUUCAAAACUUCCCCGCGAUUCUAGCGCUGCACGAAAAAAUUCUCACGGACAUGGAAGCUGUUCUUCAAAAGGGGAAAAUAAAGGGAGAAGAGGAUCUCGAGAAAUUUCUGUACUCGAAAUAUACCGCGGAGAUUGUUGAAGUCUACACUCUGUAUAUGAACUCGUACGAUCGAAAGACGGAAGAAUUGGCGAAUCUUCAAUCAAAUGAGAAGUUUUCAAGCUUCUUGUCAAGUCAAAUUUCCAAUUCGAAGGGAGAUGGUCGCCCUCUUGACGCUCUCCUAAUCCGGCCAAUACAGCGACUUCCUUCUGUUCUUCUUCUUUUGAAAGAUUUCCACAGGGAAUUGGAGAAAGCAGAAUCGAAGUACAGUAGCAUCGUGGAGAUGAGUUUUGAUCAAAUGAAACUGAUUCUGGAACGGCUCAAUAAAGAAAAAGGAAUCGAUGAAGGGCGUCAACGCAUGCUCAAUUUAGCAACGACGGUCGAGAACUUUCCUCAGGGCUUGGUCUCAUCGGACAGGAUUUUGCUGGAAACGGGCGCAGUACAGGUUGAACAAGACAUUACAAUUGAAAGAUCGAGGCUUUCAAAGGGAAAAUCUAGGAUCAAUUUCCAUCUUAUGAGCGAUAUGAUUAUUCUGACGAAAACGAAGACGAAAUCGGUUGGUCUCAAACGAUCGAAAAGAGAUGUCGAAAAUUUCGUCGGGCUGAUACGAAAGGACAAAAUUUCCCAAAUCUUCCAAGUGAAUUCAACGAACAACAUCGGCAUCUAUUUCUCAACCCACGAAUUAUCCCACCAACUGCUGUACUUCUCCGUCCUCUCGAAUCGAGAAACGCUCGUAGAAAAGCUCAAGUCCUUCGAAAAAUAUAGAGUCAACGAUGAUUUUACGCCGAAAUCGCCAGUUCGAGCAAGGUCAAAAUCCUUUGACAGAGCAGCUUUAGUAAGAAGAUCUUUCGACUUUCAGAAAAAGAUAAAUCUAGAACUGUAA